GCCCCUUUUUCCCUUCCUGCAUCACGACGACCAUGGCCAACAACAUCUUGGAUCCAGCGGCACUCCUCCGCCAGCUCCCAGAUUUACUUCCACAGUCCAACAAAACAUUAACGUCUGCACAUGAUGCCAUCUCUGUCCUUAUCCAUACUGCAUUCACUACGCUUGGUUUUCGUCUUGUUGCCACGGAUGACGUGUCUCCCGCCAGUCCCCAUCCCAACAGCGUCCUUCCAGACGACUGGAACACAAAGGGGCUCGUAGACCGCACAUUCAGAUACAAACAUGAACAGAGUAGUCUUGAAUUUCUUGUAAAGGUCAUAAAGUUGGGUCAGCGCACCCUGAUUAACGCCAUCGCUGUCGAAAGUGAUAAAUCCGCUUCGUUAGACAUAUCUACCAACGACUUCACUUCGCCGUCGUUUUAUCCUCAUGAUGUCACUCGUCCUGAUGCCCCUCCUCUCGUCCAUGGCUUCAUCUCCCCCAACCGCAUCUCGGAUUUCAUCUGCGAACUUAAACUAAAGAUCAUACAGAAACUCAUACCGGGCCUCAGAAAGGAAGGUUACGUGGAGCAAUCCGAAGACGCUUCCACAAAUGUGGGUCCGCCUGCUUCACGCUCAGUCCCUGUCCCUGUCCGGCCAAGACCAGCCACUCCUCCCUGCCAGAUUCCAUAUGGACCGCACUCUCACAUACUACCCGAAAAUCCUCUUGAGAUUGGUCGACGAGAUUUGGAACCGUUUGGAGGCAAUCCGUUUGCUCCGCCUACCCUUCAUCCAAUAUUCGAUCCCAGAGGAAGUAGGCCGGACGACGUAAGGGGACCUUGGGCAGGUGACGGAUACCUGCCGCCCAUGGGCGCACCUCCUGGUGCACGAUUUGACCCCAUAGUGCCAGGUCCUGGUCCACUUAACCGGUUCCCUCCAGGCUUUCGCAGGGGAGCGCCCAGAAGAGGCAGCGGUGAGCCUGACAACGAUGAAUUUAUGCCGCCCGGUGUCGGGGAUAUGUUCAUGUGAGUCAUCGUCGGUGAAAGGCAGCAGAAGAGAAUGAAAGGAUUGGUGCUACUGUAUAUGUCUGUACUUGUAGUUGAGUUGACAUCCGAAAGUGGUAUAUGCGGUGUGACGCCUGUACAAUAAAAACGAUGACAGAC